GGCGGCCGACGGCUCUGCGCAUGCGCGGCGGGUGUUGUACCUACAAGUGUUGAUCGCAGGAGGGGAGCAGAUGAACACACUGUACCAAAACGCUCACCACUCACAUUUAGUUGGGGGUAUUUUAGUGUUUCAUUUGAUUGUUAAUUCUGUUGCACGUCUGGAUUUUUUAUUUUUUAAUUUUUUCAGAACUGUUGAGUCUGUCUGAGGGCACCAAGAGUGUAAUGAGUUAAGAAACAUUUCAUGAAUCAUGGCAGUUCAAUCACCUCAUCAGUAAACACAUGCCUAUGUAUUUCAGCCAGACCUUCCUCAGGGCAGCACAAAAUGGCCACUUUAGGGUUCUUACAUUUACAGGUUAGCAGACAGUCACAUGAUCAGUAAAGCUGGAUUAGUGGUGACAUGACUGGACUGGGAAAGCACGAUAUGAUUUUUUACAAGCCGAUACGAUAACCGAUAAUUACCUAUUAAAUAACGGAUAAUAUAAUCAAGCAUUUGUAUAUUUUAGAAAUAAAAGUUCAGCAUUAUGAGCACGUUACUGUUGUUGUUCUUCUCUGUUUUUUAUUGGCUGCUCACAAAACAACUUUAAAGGUGCACGCCACCACCUGCUGUGUGUAGAUGCGCACUUGCUGAGUCAACAAAAGCAAUUGUUGCUUUGCAUUAUCGGCUAUAAUUUCCUUACCUGCCGAUAACCGAUAAUGCAAUUUUUCCAUUAUUGGGAAAGUAAUUUAUCUGUCUGAUAAAUAUUGUGCAUCCCUAGUCCAGACAGUCAGCCACAUGAUCAGUGAAGACGGAUGAGUAGUAACAUGAUUGGUCUAGAGACAACCACAUGACAGAAUACACAGACUUUGGAGGCUUCAGAUGCCUUGGGAGAAAACAGGAGAAAGGUCCUAGUUCCCCCAUUCAAGCCUGGGUAUUGGGCAGCUUUCAGUGUAUGUAUCCAGAGCCAUUCUCUUUGUUAGAGCCUUUUUACUCCGUGUCUCUGUGGCACUAUUUUCCACAACCGAGCAGCACUCCUACCAUCAAAAGGAAAACUAAGAAAAAAAAACCCCUGUGCUGUAACCUCAUGCUUGAUUGAAAUUGAUUUGUUUUUCAUAGGUAGCACUUUGAUUGACCAUUAAAGGUUUCAAAACAGUAUCAGUAAGAAUAAAGUCAAUUCUAGACCUCACAGGGAACCAGUAGAGGGCAGCAAUGUGUUGCAUGAUGUGUUCGAUUCUUCCGGCGUGCCUUAACAGCCUGGCAGCAGAGUUUAGUAUUAGUUGCAGCCCUUUGAUAGUAUAUCUACUGAUAAGAGUAAAGUGCAUUUUAAUUGCCAGUUGUGGAGGAGAUAUAAACACGUAUAACCUUUUCUAGAUUUGAAGAGGAAACGAAUGACGUGAUUUUGGUUAAAGUAAGAUUAAAGCUGCACCACCUCAGUCAGGUCAUUCAACUGCAGGACAUUUUUGUACUUCCAAUUCUUCAUUUUAGUGACACAGGACAUAGUAAAAAGGUAUAAAGUUCAAGUUGAAUGGAUUGGACAUCAAAAUAACACGUUAUCUUUUAUCUUUGGGUAAAUUUAUUAUGAUAACACAAUCUAUGCAGUUAUUUAUUUAAACUAACUAAGUCUGCCAACACAUUUGUGAUUAUGCUGAAUAUUUUUCCCUCAUUUGUAAAACUGACAAUCCAGAUAUCAUGUGUUUUACGAAAGAUUCAAACAUACAGGCCUGCUGUGUCCAAAAAGACCUUUAUAAGCUGUCUAACACCAGAGAGCUGUUUUCAAACCUUAUCGAUGCUCCUAAUCUUAGUUCAAUAAUCAAAGUUUAAUUUAGAUACCAUGUUCCGUAUGAUAUCGCACACCCUCUUAUUAUAACCUUGCCACACACGGAGAACAUACAGAACAUAUUCCAUGCCCCUUUAUUGGAGUUGUCAUGAAAAAAAAAACAGAUGUGUAGGACAAAUCAUGCACAAAAUAACUUUUUAUCAAACUAAUUUUGCAAUAUCACAAUAUUAUAAUGACUGAAUGUGCUUUAUUCGGGAGCAGUUUGUGAUAUGUGAUUGACUUUGGCCUAAUUAAUUGCAUUAGUUGUGCACUAUUAGAUGAAUCCCCUGCUUCACUGCUCCCCCGCACCAGUAGGGAGAGCCGAGGUCCAGAGGUGACCCUAUUCUCCCUCGCCCCUUCUUCCACAACCUCUGUAUGUGACACUUUCUCAGCAGUUUACAUUAAAAAAAAGAUAUGUCCAAAGUGGCUUACAGUAAUUCACACAUACAUACAUAGGCUGAUGGUGACCAGCACAUCAGGAGCAGUUUUGGGGUUCAAUAUCUUGCCCAAGGACAUAUUGACUAGCAGACCAGGGGAGUCGAACCACCAACCUUCUAAUAACAAGACCCUGGCUCUACCCCUGAGUCACAGCCGCCCACCUUCGCAAAACACAUUGCGCCACGUUGACAAAACCCUAUCAUCACUUUGGUCACUCUGUGAUGCCCUUGACUUUGUGUGUUCAUUCAUCACGUGUCUGUGUGGUACCUUUGUAUAUAAAUCACUCUCUGAGGUUGGUAGUCAUGGACGUCACCAUGAACACUGUGAGCUUCCUGUGUGCCUUGGGCCUCUUUGCUGCUCUCCAGGUGCCUGGCACCUUGGCGGAGGAUAUGGAGCCCUUUGCAGAGGGCACUGUCCUGGUCUCCUCCUCCGAUAAGAUUGCGAUUGUGAACAAGCAUAAUGCCCUGAGAAGAGGUGUUCAGCCUACUGCUAGCAACAUGCUGGAAAUGAAUUGGAGCAAUGAGGCUGCAGCCAAUGCACAGGAAUGGGCCAACACCUGCUCCAUGAACCACAGUCCUGCCAGCUCCAGAACGAUCAGCACUAGUGGCUGUGGAGAGAACCUGUACAUGUCCAGCUAUAAGAACACCUGGAGCAACGCGAUCCAGUCCUGGUACGACGAGGUGGCGGACUUUAAAUACGGAGUGGGAUCUAUCAACGGAGGGGUGGUUGGACACUACACACAGGUUGUCUGGUACAGGUCCAACCUUGUUGGCUGCGCGCUUGCCCACUGUCCCAAUGCUCAAUACGAGUACUUCUAUGUCUGCCACUACUGCCCACCUGGGAACUACCAGUUAGCUCGCCCCUACGAGUCAGGACCCACCUGCGGUGACUGCCGCAGUGCCUGUGAUAACAAACUGUGCACCAACCCCUGUAAAUACGCUGAUAAGUACAGUAACUGUCCAGAUCUGAAGCAGCAGUGGGGCUGCAGCAACAGCGACGUGGCCUCCUGCUGCCCAGCCUCCUGCAAGUGCACCAACGAGAUCAUUUAAAUGGCGGCAUGUCCACAUCGACCCUGACUGCUCAGUCAGUAUCAAUAAACAUACUCAGCAUCAGAGCUUGUGUUCCUCCUUUUUAAUAGUCAGAGAUACUUGACCUGCUCAGUAAUCAGCAGACAGAGAAAAGGAAAAGUAUUCUGACACUGUUCCUCUCUAGACAAACACUGCCUGCACUUUGACUGCACAGGUGUGAACUCCUAAAGAGAAAGGAGAACAUACUUGACUUGGA